AUGUUCAAAUUGAUUGUUCUUCCGAUUUUGUUUCUUUGCGCUGAAUCGUUGCCGAUCGACCUAGAUUCAGAUAGUGAUCUAGGAGAUCUAUCGUACUCAGUUGAAGAAGAAGACCUCGACGACUACUACUCAGACGACGAAGCGAAUAAGAAAGAAAAAGCAUCUGGAUUCAAAAAGAAGAGUACGAACAAGAAAGGUACCGAAACAAGCUACGACUACGAAGAUCUCAAGAAUUAUUUGAAAUCUGUAGCAUCUCACGAUGCGGGCACUAAAAAUAAUGGUGAUGUUUUUGGAUUCAUACAAGGUUUAAUUACCAACGGUGUUGGAAUUAAAGGGAACGAGACCAGAAAAUAUAGAAAAGGCACCAAAACGCGAGGAUUCCACAGGGUACAUCAUAAAGACGAGUACAAAAAGGAUAAAGAAAUAUACGAGGAUGAUGAAACUAGUGGUGUGAUAAAGAAAGUCGGUGCCAAGGGUCUGGGUAUAAAAGUUGGGGGUGGUGCGGCUUUUGACCGGGGAUUCUACCACCACGAUCGCCAUAAAGGCCUAUACGGCAAGGAAAGGUUUUCUGGUGCCGGUAAUGACAAAAAACAGUACAGUGGCUAUAACGAUUCACAAGGACUCAAUGAAUAUUUUCAAAUAAAGAAGAAAUAA